UUAAGUUAAUACGAGAAAUGAUUUGAAAAAUGGAUACAUGUCUAAUGGAUGAUUUCGACAAAAUUUGUCGCAUUUGUAUGAAAUUCGAUAAAACAUUUCUAUCAAUUACCUCAUUUAAAAUAAUUGAUAUGAUAAUAGCGUGUGCUUCUGUACAGAUUUGGGAAAAUGAUGAUCUACCAAAUCAAAUAUGCCACGCUUGUUUUCUUCAAUUACAAAAUACCAUUAGUUUCAAACAAUUAUGUGAAAAUUCUGAUAAUUCAUUCCGUCAAAUUAUUCAGCGAAAUAAAAUUAAUUUAUCGAAUAACCAAAUUGAUUUUGAUAUCGUAAAAGAUGAACAAUUCGAAGAUUACGCUGAUGAUAAUUCUGUAAUGGAUACUAAAGAUUUUCAUGAAAAUGUCAAAAAUGAAAAUACGUUGGAAAGUGAAAUAAAUAGUCAUAAUGAAGAUAAUUCAAAAGAAUCAGAUAGACCGAAAUCGAAUAAAAAUCAAAUACGAACUAAAUCCGAACAGCAAAGGGUUACUCGUGAAAAUAUUAAAGACGAUGACGUGAUAAAACCGUUUACUUGUGAUAAGUGUAAUAAAGCGUUCCAAAAAGUGUGGAUAUUGGGUCAACAUAUGCAUCGUAAACAUAGGGCCAAGGCCUUAAAAUGUAGUGAAUGUGAAUUAAAAUUAUACCAUCCAUUACAUUUAAAAGAACACCAAGAAUUAAUACACAAUCAAUCGAAUCUUACAUGUGAUGUAUGUAACAAAGUAUUGAAAGACAUUUACAAAUUAAAACGUCAUAAAUUAACACAUUUAUCAGCAUCAUUGCAUUGUCAACAAUGUGACAAAACAUUCAAAGAUAAAUUUCGGCUAAAAUCCCAUAACAAAGAAGUACAUUCAGCGACAGAAAAGUAUGCUGCAUGUCAUAUUUGCGGCAAAUCAAUUACGAAAAGAGCUCUACGCCAGCAUUUAAGAACCCAUAACGAACGUGAAAAACUUACUUGCCAACAUUGUUCAAAACCAUUCAAAAAUGAGAUAACUUUAAAAGCUCAUGUUAAAGACAUUCAUGGGGAUCAAAAACCUGUACGUAAACAUUUAUGUAAUAUUUGUGGGCAUGCUUCACGUGCACCGGCUACUUUACGUAAACAUUUACUAAUACAUACAGAUGCAAGACCGCAUCCAUGUAAUCGAUGCGAUAAAGCAUUUCGGACUAAAGAAGAUUUAAAAAAACAUCUCAAUUGUGUACAUUUAAAUAUUCGACGGUAUCAGUGUACAUUUUGUCCUAAAGCUUUUUGUGACAAGAAAGUAUUAGUGCAUCAUGAACGACUUCAUACCGGGGAAAAACCAUAUAAAUGUGAAGUGUGUGAUAAAGCAUUUGCUCAAAGGAUUGCAUGGAAAAUUCAUAUGAAAACACAUAGUAAUUCAAGAGAGAAAUUUUCGCAAAGUUUAGGUGAGAGUAUGGUUAUAAGUGCUUUAAAAACAAGUGCAUGUAAACUACAGACUUUCUAUUCAGUAUAGACUCACAAAAGCCCAUGCGGAAGAAUCAUCCAGGAGGGGAUGGGAGUGGUCAAACUUUUUUUCAUCAUGUUAGGUCACAUAUAGUCAAUAAGAACAAGAAACUCUUUUUUCGAGUUAGAGAAAAUUGUAUCCAGGAGGG